AUGGUCGAUCAAAUUCUUGCAGAAUUUGCGACAGGAUAUGCACUUUUUGAAGUGAUUCAAGCGGAGGCAAUUGGGGCAAAAUUAAGGGAAGUUCAAGAAGCAUCACAAGAUCUUUCAAAAUUUGGAAAAUUUAUUAAAUUAAGAAGUUUUUUACCAUAUAGAGAUGCAGCAAAUGCUCUUGAGAAUAUUAAAGAUAUAUCUGAGGGUUUAAUGAAUGAAAAUCUUAAAACAUUUCUUGAAAUGAAUCUUCCUAAAUUUGGGAAAAAAGGACGUAUUGUACUUGGAGUAUCUGAUAAAAAUCUUGCAGGAGAUAUUCGUGCAAGAUUUAAAGGAAUUGAAUGUGAUACAUCAGAAGUUACGCAAGAUUUAUUACGAGGAAUUCGUUUUCAUAGUGAAAAAUUAUUGAAACAGUUACAGCCAGGUGAUCUUGAAAAAGCACAAUUGGGUCUUGGUCAUUCCUAUUCUCGGGCAAAGGUAAAAUUUAAUGUAAAUAAGGUUGAUAAUCAUAUUAUUAAUGCAAUUGCUAUUAUGGAUCAGCUUGAUAAGGGUAUUAAUACAUUUUCUAUGCGUAUAAGGGAAUGGUAUGGAUGGCAUAUGCCAGAACUUGUAAAAUUUGUAAAUGACAAUUAUCAAUAUGCAAAGUUAGCAAUUUAUAUUGGAAAUAAAACUUCACUUUCUCAAGAUAAUCUUCAAGAUAUUGCAGCAAUUGUAAAUAACGAUCCAAUUACAGCUCAAAAUAUUAUUAACACAGCACGUAUUAGUAUGGGGCAAGAUAUGUCUACGGUUGAUAUGGAAAAUAUUGUGAUAUUUGCACAAAAAGUAGUAGAUCUUGUAGAUUAUAGGAAAAAAUUAUAUACAUAUCUCGUUAAUAAAAUGAAUACAAUAGCACCUAACCUUACAAAACUCAUAGGAGAGGUAAUUGGAGCAAGAUUGAUCUCACAUGCAGGAAGUCUUACAAAUUUAUCAAAAUACCCUGCAUCAACAGUCCAAAUUCUGGGUGCCGAAAAAGCAUUAUUUCGAGCUUUAAAAACUAAAGGAAAUACCCCAAAAUAUGGAAUAAUAUAUCAUUCUUCAUUUAUUGGACGUGCUGAACAAAGAAAUAAAGGACGUAUAUCACGGUUUUUAGCAAAUAAAUGUGCAAUUGCCAGUAGAAUAGACAAUUUCACAGAAAUACCUACUACACGAUUUGGGGAAAUUUUAAAAAAACAAGUAGAAGAACGGUUAUCAUUUUAUGAAUCAGGAACUGCUCUUACAAAAAAUAGCAUAGCUAUGAAACAAGCAAUAAAUUUGGUUUUAUCUGAAAAUAUUUCACAAAAUAUAUCUGAAAAAGACAAAAGAAAUAAAGAAAAGACUAAAGAAAAAAAGAAAGAAAAAGACAAAAAGAAAGAAAAAGACAAAAAGAAAGAAAAAGACAAAAAAAAAGAAAAGAAAAUAGAAAAACAGGAAAAAGAAAAGGAUAAAGUGAAAAAAGAAAAAAAAAAGCAAAAAAAGGAAAAAGAGAGUAAAGAAAAAAGGUCGAGAGAAGAUGAGGAAGAAAUAAAAUCAUCAAAAAAAAGGAAAAAAGAAAAUAAAAAUAAAUAA